CAGGAAGUCAAACUCGCCGAUACCUCUGCUGAGCGAGACCUGUACGAAUCACUGGCCGAGAUCUACUCCAUCAUCGUCACCCUCGACGCGCUAGAAAAGGCAUAUCUGCGCGAUUCAAUCCAGGAGAGCGAGUACACCGAGACGUGCGAUCGCCUACUGCGACAGUACAAGAGUUGCUUGGCCGCCGAGACCGUUGCCGCUGCCUUUGGAGAUCUCGACAGCUUCAAGGCGGAGUGGAAUCUCGAAGCACCCAAAGCCACCGAACGUCUCCGAAUCGGCCUGCCCGCCACCACCGAGACCGCCCCCUCUCGCAACUCCUCCCAGCGCUACCCCCAAAACGGCCAGUCCUCUUCCAAUCCCUCAGCCGGCGCCUCAUACAUUGUCAGCGCGUCCGAAAACUUCAUCACCUUCUUCGACGCCAUUCAGAUGAACAUGCUCUCCAAGGACACCCUGCACCCCAUUCUCGUCGACAUCAUACAAGCCGUCAACAAAGUCACCGAUCGCGAUUUUGAGGACAAGGGCAAGAUUGUGCAGUGGUUGAUUACGCUGAAUCAGAUGCGUGCGGCGGAGGAAUUGACUCCUGAGCAGGCGCGACAGUUGCAGUUUGAUUUGAGUGCUGCUUAUGACGGGUUCAAGAGGGUCCUCGAUCUUCCCCAGCUCUACCAACGCCCUUCUGGAACAGAAAUCCUCUCCGUCCUUGCAGACUUGAGCCAAGGACCGGUGUCUUGGGAUACAACGUCUUCGUCAGCCGAACCAAAAGGGCGGAGGAUCAAAAGUAACGGGGUACCAGCCUAUCUGACCGCCAUAAUCGCCAGCCCUCUGUCUUGGCUCAAUACCGACGCCGAGCGAGAACAAAUCUGGGAUGCAGCCUCGCAGCGUUUGAGCGAGAGAAGUGGGCGGUCAGGAAUGGGUGACUUGACGCGCAAGUUCCGCAUUCCUCUGACUCCGAAUGGCAGCAUCCUGGAACUGGAACUCCACGAACCCGCCUUGACAUCCGACAAUCUAGGCUUCAAAACCUGGGCCUCCUCCUACCUCCUCGCCAAACGCCUCCCACUCUUGCGAUCCCAGCUCUCCGACUCGUCCGUCCUCGAACUCGGCGCAGGAACCGGCCUCGUGGGGAUUGCAGCAGCAGCCAUCCUGCGCACUCACGUCAUGUUGACAGACCUCCCCGAAAUCGUCCCAAACCUCGACAACAAUCUCCAAGCCAACGGCUCCUUGCUCGCCACGUAUAGCGGCAGCGCAGAAGCAGCUGUCCUGGACUGGUCGGACCCUGCAUCCCUCGCUCACGUCGGCAAACACUUUUUCGCGACAAUCCUCGCCGCCGAUCCACUCUACUCCCCUGACCAUCCGGCCUUACUCGCGCAAACGGUGGAGUACCAUCUAUCCCGCUCUCGCGACGCGAGAUUGGUGGUGGAGUUCCCACUUCGCGAACCGUAUGCUCCCGAGCGGUUGGAUUUGAAGACAAGGUUGGAGCAGAUGGGGUUGAAGUUACUGGAUCAAGGGGAGGAUGUGGGAAGAGACGAUUGGGGAGAUGAAGGGCGGACAAUGGAGGUGAGAUGUUGGUGGGGGAUUUGGGGGUGGGAGUGAUGGGUUGACGUUGUCAUUGCGUAUGGCCACGUGCACUUGGCCAGCGACGCUUGUGUUGGUCUCCAUUGCUGCAACGGCUAAUCACAUGCCACCUCUUCAUCAGUUGGAGGUCCUCUUCGCCCGCUCAUUCUCAUACCCCACAUCCACAUCCCCGUACCAACUCGACAUCAUAGCCUCCCGCACCCGGCCAGCAAUGAGCGGACAGCAAUCAUCAAACGGCAAGUCGACCAGGUCUUCC